AUGCCAGCCCCCGAUGGCUACGACCUCCGGCAAGGCGGCGUCGAAGGCCCCUCCUCCCUCCACAUCGCCAUUCCCCCCCACGCCUCAACCCCGCCGCCCCUCCGCCCUUCAUCGCCGCCGCCGCCGCCCGUCCCGCCCCUCUCCUUCCGCCACCUCUCGCCCUGCGCGCGCUGGUCCGCCUGGGUCGCCGCGGCGCUCGCCGACCCCGGGUUCGCGCCCGUGCUCCACUCCACCGCCAUCCACGACGCCGUCGCGGCCUCCACGGCCGCCGUCAUCCCCGACCGCGACGCCCUAUCCGCGCUCCUCUCCCUCUGGCACCCGGACUCCCACACCUUCCGCCUCCCCGCCGGGCCCGCCACCUUCUCCCUCGAGGACGCGCUCGUCCUCGCCGGCCUGCCCCCCUCCGGCGCGCCGCUCGACCGGCCCCUCACCCCGACCGAGGAGGACGUCCGCGUCCGUCUCCUAGUCGAGAAGGAGAAGAUCAAGGAGCUGCACCCGUGCGCUCGCAAGGCCCGGCGCGUGUCCGCGGAGCACUGGCUCGAGUGGUUCGACACCAGGAUCCGGCCCGGGGAAGACGAUGAGCUGCGGCGGCUUGGGUUCCUCGCCUACUGGCUAGCCUUCUUCGUCACCCCCAGGCUAAACCCAAAGGGGUCCGAGCUACCGGACUGCGUGUUUGCGCUCGCCGCGCGGCUCAGCCUUGGCGAGCGCAUUGCGCUCGGGCCGGCGGUGGUGGCUAAUCUCUACACCGAGAUGGACAGGAUUGCUACCUCUGGCGUGGCAGAGGGGGCAAGUGGGCGUGUCGACGUUUGGGCGCCGCUCUGGCUGUUGCAGGUGUGGAUGUGGGAGCGCUACGACUGCCUGCGCCCGCCCGAGCUGAGAGCGCCGGAGUUCCCCGUCUCCAGCGUCCGGGCACUCUAUUGGACCCGGAGGAGGAGGAAGACCACAAGGGAGGAGUCUCUACGUGUUCUGCAGGAAGAGGAUUGUUUCGAGUGGAGGCCUUACGCUCGCAAUUCGCUCAAAUGGACCGAACCUGAGUGGUUUAGCAAUGAAACUGUUUUGGUGAGCUCCAGAGGUAAGGAUAAGCCAGAGUGGUUCGAGGAUUACGUUGCAAUGAUCACACAAGCGGUGCUUAAUGGAGUGUACGGUGAUGGCAUCGGUACUUCCACAAUGUACAAUCCCCAUGUCGUUGCAAGGCAGUUUGGGUAUGAUCAGGACGCCCCCUUUCCAAUUGUCCAUGGGUUUAAGUCCAAGGGAAUCAAGGUGUGGGUACCUGGUAUCUGCAGACGCGGGGCAGCUAGCAAGGAAUAUGUUGCAUGGUUGAAUGGACAGUUUGUGAGGCCCCAGGAAGCUGACCAAUAUGUUAGGUCAGAAAUAGCACACGAGGAAAACUCUGCUAGUUCAUCUCCGCUGAGUGAAGAUAGGGGAAAUCUUGUAGGUACAGGGAAGAAAAAGAAACGAGAUAAACUCCCUGAAAAUGGUGGCAUGAAUAAGAAAAGCAAGGUAUCUGUCAGCGACAGUGAUGAUGAAUGCAUUGUUAUCGAAUCACAUGAUAAGAAAUGUGAAGUAAUAAACCUCGACGAUGAUCAGGAACAGAGUAUCUGUGAUCCUGAAGAUAAUGAUAGGCAACUAGUCCUGGAGCUGGAAGAGUUUGUGCGUUGUGGGCUGUUUUCACAAUGGGAGGAAAGCUCUGAUGAAGAUGAAGGAGGUGGAAGAAAGCAACAGAAGUCAAAGAAUAGCAACAUUGACCCUUAUGCCGAAGCAGCCAUGACAGAGUACCCUCUCUUCUUUGAGCUCAUUCCCCAGAGACCACAUUACAGAGGGUUGGUGAACAGCGAUGACACUCUACGAGAUCUGGCCUGCAGUGGAAUGUGGUUUUUGUUGGUUGGCUUGGCUAGAGAGGUCCUUAGGACAUCAUGGGAUACAGAUGCUUCAGAGGUUACAUAUUUGAUGCAAAAAGCUCGGAAAUUGGAACAAAAUGGGUUCAAUGUGAAGCAUUUCAUUGCCCGCCUGAAGGAGCCACAGACCCGACUUAGAAGGCUUCAGGAUUCCAUGGCAAGGCUUGAGGAUGCCCGGACCAAAGAGCAAGAAUCAAAAGGUGUUAAAUCUCUUUCAAGCCACCUGAGUAAACUGAAACACAAUAUACUAACAAUGGAGAGGCAUUUGGACGAAAAAAAGCAAGCUCGUAGAGCAUCUGUGCAUAAUGAGUCGAGUGAAGGAAUCGAUCUCUUGGAGAAGGAAGUAGAAGCUGCAGAAAAAUCAUUUCAGGCAAUGAAGGAUGAAGUCGCUGCAAUGAGACUGAAAGACGCAGAUAUAUGACAGUUAGUCUUUGAAGUCAUAGUUACUGGAUUUAUGUAGUAGCAGAUCCACUGAACUUGAGCCGAUUUCAUGUUACGGGGUUCAGGUUCCAGUGGAACUUGAAAA